UGUGUGAUAGCAAUUUGAUUCACCAGUCGAUGUUUGUUGUAUUCUUUUACCUAAAAUGAGAAUUGUGUGAUUGGAUUUGCUUCUAAUUGCCAGCAAAAUAGGACAAUUCUUCAUUGUAAGUGUUUUUUUUUGUUAGAACUUUUGUGGGGGUUUUGUGAGUGAAUGAUAGGGUGAAAGGAAAUGAGUGAGAAACUCGGGGUCGGGUUUGAGAUACAAUGACUGGAAGGUCAUUGGGUCUACGCACAGGGAGUUAUGGGUCAUUGCCAAGCAUAAAAAAUGUUAUUGCUGGUGGUGGAAGAUUUUUGCACUCAAAAUCAUUUGGUAGUGCACGAAAGAAUUCAAUCAUGAUGCUUUCAGGUUCUAGGGAAAAGGAGAGGUCUCUCUCCUCUGUUUGGUAUCGGUGUCUGGGUCGCCGGAAAGUUUCCAUGCUGCUUCUGGUUUCCCUUGCCCUUUUGGUCUUCGUCUUGGGUUCUUUUCUUGUCAACAAAGAAAGCAACAGUGCAACUGUUGAUCAACAGAUGGGAACGACUCAUUAUUUGAAUGGUGCCCGUAAUGAAGCUUCACGGGUCCUCAGAAGGAAGGAUCAGCAUAAAGAUAAAAAGUAUUAUGCAGCAAAUAUUGUGAAUGGGGGUGAUGGAAAUAGAUUUCAAGUUUCUGCUUCUAAAGGUUCAAACCAUCCAUGCGCGAAUUUCUCAUUUCCUCCUCCCCCUCCACCUAAUCUUAGACGGAUUGGACCUCGACCAUGUCCAGUAUGUUACCUCUCUGUGGAUCAGGCCAUAGCUAGCAUGCCAAGUUUCCCAUCAGAAUCUCCAGUGCUUCGAAAUUUGACAUAUGUUCAUGAUGAAAAUCCAAUAAAAAAUGAACCACAUGGGGGCUCUGACUUUGGUGGAUAUCCAUCUCUAAAGCAAAGAAAUGAUACGUUUGAUAUAAAAGAGUCAAUGACAGUUCACUGUGGAUUCGUCAAGGGAAGUCAACCUGGUCACCUGACUGGAUUUGACUUUGAUGAGUCUGACCUGGAAGAAUUGCAGCAAUUCCGCGAAAUCAUUGUUGCGUCGGGGAUAUUUGGCAAAUAUGAUAUAAUACAGCAGCCAAGGAACAUCAGUGAAGAAGCAAAGAAAAAUGUUCCUUUCUACAUGUUUAUUGAUAAAGAAACGGAAGCAUAUAUGAAGAACAAAAGUAUGUUGGAUGGCAGUAAAAGGGUAGGCUUGUGGAGAAUUGUGGUGAUUCACAAUGUUCCUUACAGUGAUGCAAGACGUAAUGGCAAGGUCCCAAAGCUUUUGUUGCAUAGAAUCUUCCCAAAUAUUCGCUACUCUAUAUGGAUCGAUGGAAAGCUCCAGCUUGUUGUGGAUCCUUAUCAAAUUCUUGAAAGGUUCUUGUGGCGCCAAAAUGCUAAUUUUGCGAUUUCGAGACACUACAGACGAUUUGAUGUCUUUGUGGAGGCUGAAGCAAAUAAAGCUGCAGGAAAAUACGAUAAUUCAUCGAUUGAUGCACAGGUGGAUUUUUAUAAAAAAGAGGGAUUAACACCAUAUUCUGAGGCCAAGCUUCCUAUAACCAGUGAUGUUCCUGAAGGUUGUGUACUCAUAAAGGAACAUAUACCGAUCACAAAUCUGUUUACCUGCUUGUGGUUCAAUGAAGUUGAUCGAUUUACAUCCCGGGACCAGUUAAGCUUUGGUAUAGUAAGGGAUAAAAUAAUGGAAAAAGUUGAUUGGCAUAUCGAUAUGUUUUUGGAUUGUGAAAGACGCAAUUUCGUCAUACAGGCAUAUCAUAGAGAUCUAUUGGAGCACAUGCCUCCACCAGUUGCAUUGAUUCGACGCCCACCAGCUUUGCUGAAUACCAAUGUCCGUGGAAGAAAUCAAGGGAAGAGGACUCCAAGACGUGGGAGGGAUAGGAGAUCUGGUUCGAGGCAUCGCCGUAGGGCCUCUGCUGGUAAUAGAGAGCAAUUUCUUUUAAAUGCUGUCUGAACCAAGAAAGAGGAGAAGAAAUCUAGCUCUUCUUCUUCAUCGUCAUCUUUAUUGCCUUUGCAAAAAUUGAAAUUGCUUCUAAUUGUUGUCACGGAGUAGGACUAGUUAGCUAAUUUUAGGAUUAUGUAAGAAGUAAAAUUGGCACAGAUUUUUGUCUGAAAAUUUUGUUAUCUAUUCUUUUAUUGUUGUACA